CGCGAACAUGAGGUAUCCCUGUCACAUGGAGCUAGGUAAAAUGGCCGCUCUGUACUAAGAUAUCUUCGUUGUCCAGCCUUCGCGAGGCCCCUCCAGUCCGUAUACUAGCUACACUGUAUCAGAUCUACUGAUUAAUGCUCAUAAUGGAUGCCUUUCCUGAUCCCGCUCUGAUUGGUCAGGCUUUUGUCCGCCAGUACUAUACACAGAUGCACAAGGACCCAUCAGAAAUGCAUCGGUUCUAUAUAGCGCACUCCUCAUUUGUACAUGGCGGUUCAGAUAUUGGGAGCGAGGAACCUGUCAUCGGACAAAGUGACAUUCAUGAAAAGAUCAUCUCGCUGGACCUACAGCAGGUGCAUGCUAAGAUCAAGCAGGUUGACGCCCACUCCACGCUACAGAACGGAAUCGUUGUACAGGUGACGGGAGAGCUGUCCAUCAAGGGUCAUCCGAUGAGAGCUUUUGUGCAGACGUUUGUGCUGGCUCAGCAAAAAGAAAAAAGCUUCUACGUUCACAACGACAUUUUCCGUUACCAAGACGACGACCUUGUCAGCGAGAGCGAGACCAAUGAAACUCCAGAGAAUCCCGAGAACACUCUUCACACAGAGCCGACGGAAAGCUGUGAGUUUCCUCCGAGUGUUGGGGCGGGUGGUGAUGCUGGUGGUGUGGGCGGUGAGACUUACGAUGGCGUAACUGCUGAGGUCGGCAAUUCUGUCAUCGUAACCGAAGAGCCACCGCAGGAGGUGGGAACAGGAGCCUGGGACCAAUAUGAUUCGCUGGGGGAGGUGGCAACUGUGAAUGGUGUGGAUACGCCCACUCAACCACCACAAGAGUUCCCGAGUGCAACAGAGCCAGUGGAGGUCAGACAAGACGAGGAGACGUUCCUCUCGGCAGAAGUACCUGAACAAGACAACAAAGCCUCCACUUGGGCGAGUCGAUUGGCUCAGAAUCAGUCGUCCAAUAGACCACUCAACAGUACGGCUAUCUCCACGUCUCAAUCCCUCCCACAGAGAGACCCUCGGCCGAGACGGACGGAUAACAAUCGACCCCAGACACAACCUUUGACCUCUGCCCUCAAGGACAAGAAGCCCCUCAUGCGUGACAUCCCGGACAGCUGUCAACUCUUCGUGGGGGGCCUACCAGCAAAUACAACAGAGGCGGAGCUUCGACAGCUGUUCGAUCAAUUUGGACCAGUUGGAGACAUUCGAGUAAAUCCGAAAAAUUUCGCUUUUAUUGUUUUCACUAAUCCAAAAACGGUGACGGAUUUGAUGGCCAACCACAAAAAUUCACUUGAGAUUCGUGGAAAGCAAUUGAAUAUCGAGGAGAAGCGAUCAUCUCGUGGGGGUGGGCGUGGUGGGUCAGGUGAUCGAGAUCGGAAUAGAGGGGGUGGUUUUGGCGGUGGCCCCGGGGGAAAUAAGCCCAGAGGAGGAGGCGGAGGUGGAGGCGGGGGAAAACCUCCAAAACGUUAGGUGGAGAAUUGUCGAUCGAGAUAUUUGGUGAAAUGGAACUCGAUAGAUGAACGUAAUAAUAAAUUUGAACUCUUAAAUCAUACUAUUUGUCACGGAAUUGUUCUAUGUAUGUGCUUAUUGUGUACAUUUUGUUCUGUGUGCAGUGGCAUAUACUGUAUUUUAUUUAAUGAGUAGGUGAUGCUUUGCAGAGUGGAUUUUUGCACACGUAAUGUUAAUUCUAUCAUUGUUAAGACAACAUG